UCAAGUUGUAACAAUGGAAAGCAAGAAAAUGCUCACAAUGUUUUUCAUUUUGUUGAUAAGCACUUCCGUGUCUUGUGUUAACUUGUUUAACAUGACAUUUCCUGAAAGUUUUAAAUUUGGCGUUGCAACUUCAGCUUAUCAAGUUGAAGGUGGUUGGAAGGAAAGUGGUAAAGGAGAAAGCGUAUGGGACAGAUUUACUCACCAAAAGCCCCAUAAAAUCAAGGAUCAUUCUAAUGGCGAUACGGCGUGCGACUCUUAUAAGAAAUUUUACGAAGAUAUCCAGCAUAUGAAAGAAUUGAAGGUUGAUUUCUACAAGUUUUCCAUCUCGUGGUCUAGAAUUUUGCCAAACGGACACAUCUCGUUGGUUAACGUUGACGGGGUUCGAUAUUACAACGAGAUAAUAGACGAACUUCUUUUGCACGGAAUUAAACCUAUUGUUACGUUGUUUCAUUGGGACUUACCCCAGCCGUUACAAGAAAAAGGCGGAUGGUCAAACGACAAUUUGAUUACGACGUUUGAAGAGUAUGCUAAUUUGUUAUUUUCAAUUUACGGAAAUAGAGUCGAUGAUUGGGUUACAUUCGAUGAUCCAUUUACUUUAUGUUUUGACAAUUAUUUCCUAAACACUAGCUUUGGCACUAGCUUGAUAGAAUAUGGAAAUUCCGGUUUCUUAUGCGCCCAAACAGUAUUGAAAGCACACGCAAGAGUUUAUAAGUUAUACGAUACCCGUUACAAAGAAAAACAGGGCGGACGCAUCGGUAUCUCUCUUCUUUCGACGUGGAUGGAACCGACCACCCAAUCCGAAUCUGACAACACAAUAAGUGAAUUAGCUAUGGAAAUUGAGUUGGGAUGGUUUGCUCACCCAAUUUUCUCAAAAGAGGGUGGUUAUCCUAAAACGGUGUGUAAACAAUUAAAGUAUUUCAAUGAUGAGAAUCAGAUGAAGUACUUCAAAGUACCUGAAUUGACUCCAGAAGAGCUUGAGAUGGUAAAGGGUAGUUCCGAUUUUUUCGGGUUAAAUCAUUUCGUGACAAAAAUAUGCAAUAGUAGUAUCCAGAAGGUCACUGAGCAUAAUCAGGCACUCGUGGGACCCGACUUUUGUAGCGUAGGUGUACAAACGUACAAUGGAACAAUUUCCCCGCUAAAAACUGUGCCAUGGGGUUUAAGAAAAGUGCUCAAUUGGAUCAAAAAGGAAUACAACAACCCCGAAGUGCUUAUAACUGCGAACGGAUUCCCCGAUUCGGGAGAACGACGAGAUUGCGAAAGAGUCCGCUAUAUUAACUCUUACUUGGAAAACCUUCUCGCUGCCAUGCACAUGGAUGGGUGCAACGUUACUGGUUACACAAUUUGGAGUUUACUCGAUAAUUUCGAUUGGUAUCAUGGAUAUACUCAAAAAUACGGCCUUUACCAUGUAGAUUUUGCAAGUUGGGAGAAAACUAGAACGGCAAAAUUUUCAUCGCACGUUUAUCGCAAUAUUAUCGAAACACGAAAAGUUAAUUGGACUUAUUCUCAAAAGGAUUUCAUAAUGUGCAAAUACGGAUUUGCCAUCCUAAAUGAUACGGAAACAGAUACGGAAAUUAUUGCGAAAUGAGUUUAUUAAAACUAUG